AUGGAGUUGAUGACGAUUGAAAAGUUUUUGCCAUAUUUGGAACCAUACGCCAACAAGGAACUCUUGACACCGGCGGAAUCAUUGCAAUUAUCGCUUCUCAUUACUGAAUUGUUGGUUGAUGAUUAUGUUGAUUUUGCCUUGCUAAAAUUCUUGUCACGAUUCCUUACUCAACAAUCAUACGAUGAGAUUAUUGAAGAACGGAAUAUCGAACACGAGUGCGGGUAUGCCUUGUGCAACAACCAACCAAAACUGUUGGUGCGAAGGCUAAGUUUAAACAGUAAUGGGACCACCACGGCGCUGAUGUCUGAUGCGGGAGCUUCAACAAAGUAUCAGAUUUAUAAUCGGAAGCCAUCAAUAAUUUUGCCCAAUACGUACAAGAGUCAGUAUUGCUGCAAGGACCACUAUCAAGCUAGUAUAUUUUAUCGCAACCAGUUGUCGAAUGAGGCUGUCUUUGCGAGAAAGGAUAUAAUGGUUGUUCCUCCAUUCCAAGGUGGUGCCAAUUGGUAUGAGAACUCAAUUACGUUGUUAGAGGAAGUGAUUGCUAAGCAUAAGGAGUUGAAAGAGCAAGGUAAGACCAUGGCUGAAGUGGUGGCGAUGAUGAAUGGUCUCAGCAUGAAUGGGGAUGAGAUGAAUGAAGAUACAAACCAAUUGAUUAAGUUGAUUGAAGAUUUCGAAAUCGUUGAAAGGGACGUUGACCACGAGCAGCAGCAGCAUGGCCAUCACCGUAUCACACUUCGAGAUGACAUAUCAGAACAAGCUAUUGAAAGUGAGGACGAGGAUGGCGGUGAUGAAAAGAGUUCUAGCUUAGCGCAUAACAAUAUCGAGGGCUACAUCACUACAAACAAGAGCUUUGGCGGAUACGUAGUGUAA